AUGGAGGUGGAUAAAGGCCCAAGUGAAGGAGAACCUUCAGCGGGCUCCUGCUGCAUGCCUGGCAGCAGCAGCAGCAGCAGCAGCAAGUCAGUUGACCAAGUGCUGCAGUCUUUGCCUUGCCCCCACAUUUGGGUGCACCGCGGCUCCGGCGGCCGGCUGAGAAAGGCAGCAGAAAAGACCAUCAACGCACUGAGACAGGAGGGCGCAGUGUGUCUGGCAGCAAAAGUGAACACAGCAAACCGCUGCAUUUCUGUGGCAGAAAUUGCAAAAAGAGAAAUAAGAAGUAAAGGGAGAGAAGUAAUUAACAAGUGCUUCUUUGCUGGCCUUGUGGUAAGACAAUAA